UGGCAAAGAAAAUAAUGUCUUCUUCAAACUUCUUAUUUUUCUCUCUAUCUCUUCUAAUCAUCACACUCUUCCCCAUACCAAAUUGCUCCUCUGCUUCUUUAGACGAAGCCAAUGCUCUACUAAAAUGGAAAGCAAGCCUUGAAAUUCUAAACAAUUCCUUGGUCUCUUCAUGGCUUUCUUUCCCUAUGAAUUCCAGUGCAUCAUUUCCAUGCAAUUCUUGGUUGGGAGUAGUUUGCAAUGCUGAUGGGAGCAUUCAGAAGUUGAACCUCACAUCAUCUGGAUUAACCGGUACGCUUCAUCGAUUUUCAUUCUCUUUGCUACACAAUCUUACACAUUUUGAUCUUGGUAUGAACAACUUCUUUGGCCCAAUCCCACCAGAAAUCCGACUCCUGUCGAAACUUGUCUAUCUUGAUUUUUCAGAGAAUAAAUUUUCUGGAGUAAUCCCACCUGAAAUAGGAAACCUACACAAGCUAACCAAAUUGUACCUAUACUCAAACAAUAUAUCUGGCUCAAUUCCAUCAUCAUUAGGUGAUUUGACAUCUUUGAGUGUCCUUUUUUUGCACCAAAAUCAAAUCUCUGGUCUCAUUCCUAUUGAAAUUGGGAAUUUGAAAUCUCUCACUGAUCUUGCCGUGAGUGAAAAUCAACUUAGUGGUUCUAUUCCUUCAUCAUUGGGUAAUUUGACAUCGCUGAAUGCCCUUUAUUUGUACCAAAAUCAAUUCUCUGGUCCCAUUCCUACAGAACUUGGGAGUUUGAAGUCUCUCACUUUUCUUAAAAUGAGCAACAAUCAUCUUAGUAGUUCAGUUCCUUCAUCAUUUGGUAAUUUGACAUCUUUGAAUGUCCUUUAUUUGUGGACAAAUCAACUCUCUGGUCCGAUUCCUAUUGAACUUGGGAAUUUGAAGUCGCUCACUAAAGUUUCCAUGAGCGAAAAUCAAUUUAGUGGUUCUAUUCCAUUAACUCUAGCAAACCUGAGUAAUCUACAGCUUUUGUACCUAAAUGGGAAUAAAUUAUCUGGUCCUAUUCCUACAGAACUUGGGAAUUUGAAAUUUCUCACUGAUCUUCAGGUGAGCGAAAAUCAACUUAGUGGUUCUAUUCCUGCAUCACUAGGAAACCUGAGCAACUUACAGAUACUGUACCUCCAAGUGAAUAAAUUAUCUGGUCCAAUUCCUAUUGUACUUGGGAAUUUGAAGUUUCUCACUAUGCUUGUUUUGUACGAAAAUCAACUUAAUGGUUCUAUUCCUUCAUCAUUGGGUGAUUUGACAUUGCUGAAUGGCUUUUAUUUGUACAAAAAUCAACUCUCUGGUUCCAUUCCUAUUGAACUUGGGAAUUUGAAGUCUCUCACUCAAUUUGAGGUGGGCUACAAUCAACUUAGUGGUUCAAUUCCUUCAUCACUAGCAAAUCUAAGCAACCUACAGACUCUAAGCCUCAAUUGGAAUAAAUUUUCAGGCCCCAUUCCUAUUGAAUUUGGGAAGUUGAAGUCUCUCGCUCAUGCUUGGGUGUACCGAAAUCAGCUUAGUGGUUUUAUUCCUUCAUCAUUUGGUAAUUUGACAUCUUUAAUUCUCCUUUAUAUGCAUCACAAUGAGAUUGUUGGUCCCAUUCCUAGUGAAAUUGGGAAGUUGAAGUCUCUCACUGAUCUUAAGUUGAACAACAAUCAAAUUAGUGGUUCCAUUCCUCCGGAUUUUGGUAAUUUAGCUCAACUACAAAGAUUAGAUUUGUCUUCGAAUAACUUGGUUGGUGAGAUCCCAAAGGAGUUUAAGAAGACGAAAAGUAUGUUGGAGUUGUCCUUGGCUGGUAACCAACUUUCAGGUGUAAUACUUAAAGAGCUCGGAUCUUUAGAACUCCUUGAAGUACUUGAUCUAUCCAAAAAUAGAUUGAAUGGGUCGAUACCAAAAAGUAUUGGUCAAUGGGCACAAAUCCACUACUUGAAUCUCAGUAAUAACAGGCUCAGUGAGAAAAUUCCAUCUGAGAUUGGUAAAUUAGUUCAACUUACAGAACUUGAUUUAUCUCAAAAUUUGCUUACAGAAGAGAUACCAUCUGAAUUUCAAAGUUUGCAAAGUUUGCAAAAACUGAAUCUUUCUCACAAUAAACUAUCUGGUUCUAUUCCUAGUGCUUUUACAAGUUUGCCAAGUGGGAUUGACAUCGACCUAUCCAAAAAUGAGCUCACAGGUCCGGUUCCCCUUUCCUCUAACUUUGUGAAUGCGUCCUUACAAGGCAAUCCUAGUUUGUGUGGAAAUAUUACAGGACUAAAAUUUUGUGAAAGUCAAAUCUUGAAGAAGAAAGACGAUCCCUUUCAUCAUCAACUCAUCCUUGUAAUUAUCCUCCCUUUUAGUGGGGCAAUUUUACUAGUUUUUUUCAUGUGUGUCCUUAUUUCUUAUCGAAAACAAAAGAGACAUUCUCCACAGAAAACAUUGGAAAAAGGUGGAAAUUAUUUCUCCAUAACAAGUUUUGAUGGAGGAGUAGUUUACGAUGACAUCUUGAAAGCAACGAAUGAUUUCGAUGAAGCAUACUGUAUUGGGAGAGGAGGAUAUGGGACUGUGUACAAAGCUGAGAUACAGCCUAACAAUGUGUUAGCUGUCAAGAAACUUCACUCACCAUCUGAGAAUAUUGAUAAUAAUGGAUUCCUUAAUGAGGUACAGGCAUUAACGAAUAUAAGGCAUCGAAACAUAGUGAAACUCUAUGGAUAUUGCUCACAUGCCCGCCACUCAUUUUUGAUUUAUGAAUACCUUGAAAAGGGAAGCCUUGGAUCAAUCUUAAGAAGUGAUGGUUUAGUACAAGAAUUGGAUUGGUUGAAAAGGGUAAAUAUUGUAAAGGCUGUAGCUAAUGGUUUGGCUUAUAUGCAUCACGAUUGCACCCCUCCUAUAAUUCAUAGAGACAUUUCCAUUGCCAACAUCCUUCUGGAUUCCGAUUAUGAGGCACAUAUUUCUGAUUUUGGCACGUCCAAGCUUUUAAAGCUAGACUCAUCCAACUGGACCGCAAUUGUUGGGACCUAUGGUUAUAUCGCACCAGAGCUUGCUUAUACGAUGGUCGUGACCGAGAAAUGCGAUGUGUAUAGCUUUGGGAUUGUUGCACUAGAAUUGAUCAUGGGAAAGCAUCCUGGUGAACUACCAACAUUGCAUGCGGAUUAUCUGGUGUUAGCAAAUGUUGGAGAUAGUCGGAUUCCACUGCCUUCACCACAAAUUGAGAAAAAGGUUAAUAUGGUACUUAAUCUCUUAAGAGCAUGUUUGAACUCGAAUCCAAAAGAAAGACCAACAAUGCGCCAAGUUUCAAAUCUGUUGAUGAAGGCUUGAUAUUAGUGUACUUUGAAUGUUAUUUUCUUUUGUCAUGUUCCUAUAUGCAUCUUGAUAAUAUGUAUUUAUUUGAAUGCCUUUUUGUUAUGAAACUUCUCAUAUGUUUUCUUAAAUGAUUAUGUAAUAGAUAAAAUAAAUAAAUAAAAAAAUAAAUAAAAAAUAAUUAGUGAA